AUGAUCCGUCACGUUUGGUUGAGGUUAACGGUAGCGGCGGUGUGUUGUACGCGCUGGGUUAGACAAGCAGUAUGGCGGAAGAAGAGAGUGAAUUGGAGUUGGACAGGUUUAAAAAAGAAUUGGAGAGUUUGUUAAACGACGAGUGCGGACUGCAAAGCAAGUGGUAUUGUGCGAGAUUUUGCGAGCUGGUUGAGGAAUACACAGGCCGAUGGCAGGUGCCCCUUCCACAGCUGCAGGUCCUGAGGAGCGCUCUAUGCGCGUUUGUCCGCGGCGCAGCGUCGUUCCCGUCUGAUUGUGAGCACGUGCGCUACACUCUGAGUAGUCUGGCUCUGAGUGUCUUCGAGCUGCUGCUAUUCUUCGGGAGAGACGAGUUCCCCGAGGAUCCUCUAAAAGAUAUUCUGGACUCAUUUCAGGAAUGCCACUCAAGUCUAGUGAGGUACCAGAACGUGUACAUGCUGCAGGUUAGACACAUCAUCAGAGAUGGAGGGCCAUGGGCGAGUCCUGUACUGGAGGGAAUCCUAAAGGAAGUGGAACAACAACAAGAAGAAGUGGAUCGGUAUCUUGGCUCUGAGGUGUCCAUGUUCUUCGAGCUGCGUGUACGUUACCUGCUGGCCUGUGAACGGACUCGUGAGGCCAUGGCAUUAGCCCUGAAGUGCAGUCAGCACCCGACUGCAGGCCGAUGCCUGUUCUUCAAGCAGGCUUACCUCUCCUGUCUCUGGAAGUCCUCUCAACAAGAACGCCUCAUCAUGGAGAUGGCAGAGAUUGACGGGAAGGAUGCAGUGGAGAUCCUCUGCAUUGCAGAGAAUGAGGAAAAGGACGAAUUGCUCCUGGAGCUCAGCAGAGGCUUCCUCUUGCAGCAGCUCAGAAGUGGAGAUAUGUACUACCUUUGGGAUCUGGUCUUUAUAUGGUGUAAACUGUACCUCAGAGUGAAGGCCACGGAAAAACACUUUCUGCAAGAAUGCAAACUGUUGCUCCUGUCAGCCACCAACGUAAAAGCAAUCUUUCCAUUUAUGAAGGUGAUCUUGGGUGAGCAUUUGGGGAAAGAAGGUCUCACGUUUUGCGUCGAGCUCUGUGCCCAGACCCUUCAGACUGACCUCAAGAACGACCCCGUCACCAAAUCUCUCAUCUACAAAACCAUCGCCUACCUGUUCCCCAACGACCUGGAGAUCUGCAGAGCCUGCGCGCUGCUCCUGUUCUUCCUGGAGCGCACGGUUGAGGCCUACAAGACUGUGUUCUUCCUGUACAACCACCCAGACCUUGAGUACCACCUGGACACCGGUCCCGUUGGGAACAACGUGCGCUUCGAGGUGAUUCAGAUUCUGAAAAAGGGCCUGUUCUUCGACCCUGAAUUCUGGAGCCUUCUGAACAUCAAAACGAACUGCCUGAAGCUCAUGAGCGACGAGGUAGCCAGAGCCGCCCUCCGUGAAAUUACGGAAGAGGAUAAAUGGGCGCCUAGUUACUGUGUCCGAGAGCAUUGCAAGUGCCGCGCAGAGCCGGAAAGGACUGUAAUCAGACAGGAGUCAAAGCCUGGUAGUAGAGACAAGCAGGAAUCUGGGACAGUGGAAAAACAGGUCACGAGUCCUUCUGCUGAUGCGUCUUCCGAAGCUCCUCAGUAUAAGAGGAGAGGGAGGAAACCAGGGUCACGGAUCACAAAGAAUCUGGAGCCAUUUCCAGUCCGGCGUUCCUUCAGGCAGCUGGAUUUGGCACAAAAUCAUGCCAGGCAGCUGAACAACAGAUGUCAGAGGUUCCUCACUCGGCAGACGGAGAAAAAUAUACUGAAACGGCGGGGCAGGAAACCCCGGUGGCUCCUGGAGCAGUUAGCUGCCCUGGGAGAAAACAGUGCUCCUGGGCAACGGAAGAAACCAGGGAGGAAACCAAAGCUAUUCAGCUCGCUAAAGGAGAUUUUAGUUGACACGCCAGUCAUUGAAAUCACAAUGGAAUAUUCCUACCCUGAUAAUGAGGUUGAGCUGCCUGCUGAUGUUCAGGGCCGGUCUGCGUCCAAAAUGACUUCUUCCACAGAGCGUCGCUUUGAUCAACCUCAAACAACGCCUUGUUGUAAAACUCCAAACUCGCUCCUUCAGAUACUGUUAGAGAAGUCUCCUCAUUUGUGGAGAGACAAAGAAGACUCUCAGCCGCAGGACGUUAUGAUUGUUAUUAGAAAAUUCCACACCUACGCAAAAGUGCCUGAAGAGGAGGAAAGCCCUUCACUUGAUCGCCUUACGGAUACUGCAGCGUUAACAGCUCCACAUGCUGUGAAGCAGGAAGAAGAUUUUCAGGUUCUUGCGCCUGUAAAGAAUCUGAGUGAACCAGUGGAGGGGACUAAAGUGACCUCACUGACUGCUGCUGUAACACAGGAGAUCCCUGGUGUUAGUGAUGGAUCUGACCUGUCAUUACUUUCACCCGUCGAACAGGCUGUAGUCCCUGAUAGCAAAAUCACUACGACAGUCAAUCCUCCCAAAGAUCAAACUGCUAGCGUCAUGACUGACAAUACUCAAGCGCUGGAAAUCACCCAGGAAGUUUCUAAUCUUGGUAAUACAACUGACAAAGCUACUGAUUAUAUUUGUACUACAUCUGAAAAAGGAACAGACAUUAUUUCUACCUCUGAAAAUGCACCUAAUACUACACCUGAACUUGCACCCCAAAGUAAAGUUUCUACCCCCAAAGAAAUCCCAGACACUCAUGAAAAUCCACCUGCAGUCACAGAAGUGAUAGAUGCCUCUAAAAAUGCAUCAGCAGCUGAAAUUCUCAAGACUCCUGCUGUUCUUGAAGAAGUGCAACCUCAAGAAACAGCGUCUCAACAGACCGCUGAGCUCGAGCCAUCUCAGAACAGCAGCUCAUCUCCUGUAUCCAGUGCUCAGACUAACGUGCAACCUAAACACCAAUGCAAGCUUUGCAAUAAAAUAUAUGAGACUCCUCUGAGUCAUGCUUUAUGGCAUUACCGGACUGAAAAGAAGUGCAUGUUUUGUGACAAGCUGGCUUUGACUCGAGGAGCCUUACAGCAUUUCCAAAAACACAUCAAAGAUUUGAGUAGGGUCGAAGGCCCGCUUGAGACGAAGAAGUGCGAGGAUGUACCUCAAGCGACUGGGAGCCCCGAUCAGACCGUUCAAGAGUCACCACCGAAAAAAGCAAAGCCUGGAUUUGCACAGAUCAAGUCAAGACUGCUGAUGAGACUGAAACUGACAAGGAAAGCCCAACCUCAGCGUGAGCCAGAGAAAAGCUCCGAUAAUAGUGGAACACCCUUGAAGGAGACAGACACAAAGAAGCAUGCAUCAGCACCAGAGCAAAAAGAGAGCAGCACGAAGGAUGAUAAGCAGAGCGUCCCACAGGAGACGAUAAGAUACUUAACAAGAGGUUCGGUUAGGAAGUCUGAGCACAAGGGACGGCUGUGUAGGACGAAGCUAGGCAGGAAAGGAAAGACUAGAAGAGUGAUGGCAGGGGGAGAUAGUUCAGCGCCCAAGGACGGUUCUGUUCAUAGGGUGAAUGGAGUAAUUAGAAAGAAACGAAAGAUGUGGUGUAUUCAGGAAGACAGCAGUCGUACCACUGAUAAAAAUGGACCACCAGUAAAAGAAGAGAAAAAGACCGAUGCAGAGAAAUCGGAAAAGAUAAUCAGAAGUAAUAAAGCUCAUUAUGAUAUCAGGACCAAAGCAGAAAAGGCAACCAGCAAUAAUAUCGGAGGGGAAAGUAAAAACUGUGCAAAAGCAAAGGCGUUAGAGGAACCAAGAGUAAAGAAGAAAAAGCUCAGAGAGGAUGAGGAGAAAGUUGAUGUAAAAACAGUGAAGAAACGAAAGAAUGAAGAAGGUACUUCAACUGCUAAGUCCACAGAUACAAAGGAAAAGAAGAACUCUGUUCCAAAUGUGGAAAAACAGCAAAACGGAACAGAGGCAGAAUCCAGUGAAGCCUCCAAGACAGUGCGGAAGAGGAAAUUCAGUAGUACUCCUGCGGUCAGCUGUCCUAUAGACGCAUGCACGUUCCAAGCCAUGCCAGGCCCGGUCCUCUCGCACGUCCUCAUACACCACCCGGGCGACACAAAAGCUCUCGAGUUCUUCUACAACCUCGCCGCGAAAAAGUGUCUGUUCUGUGGCAGAAGGAUUUGGACUGCUCAGCACUUUUUCGACCAUGUUGUUUCUCACCGGGGUAACCUCAAACACCCGUGCUACCACGUGGCCUGCCAGAAGAGAUUCAAAACGCGAAUGGACGUGGGUGACCAUAUGGAGAAGGACCAUAAUCCUCUGAAAGCAGGGUGCUGCUUCCCUGGCUGCACGGUGGAAUUUGCCAACCUCAAGGACUUGUACAGCCAUGAAAAGAGUCAUUACAAAGCAGCUAUGCUGAAAAAGGACAAAUCAGUAACUUCUGAGAAAGAAGAUGUGGACAAACCCAGCCUCAGAGAAUCAAGAGUAAAGAGUACUCCAGCGGCAGCACAGCAGACAGCCGAAAGCGUGGUGACAGAGGCUGAGACUCCUUCUACUCCUCCUCCUCCUGCUCCUCCUCCUCUUCCUCCUCCUCUUCCACCAGGUGACAUUAUGGAACAGAAGAAGAGCCCGGCACCUGUAACAGUAGAAGAUGAAAAACCUUUGACUUUAAAUAAAAGUUCAGUGAACUACAGCAGCAAGAGCUCCCGGCUCGUCAACGGUCACACUGACCAUGCACAAGAAUCUAGCAUUAAAGCACCCCCUACAGCUCCAAAAGAACAGGAGCCGAAGUACGAGAAGGUGGCAGUUAAGCCGUUCAGCAGACUUCCUCCUUCAGCUUACCUGGACGAGCUGUACCUCAGCAUGCCCAAAAAGUGGAGGGGGCCCCAAGCGAGCUCCAAAGGCUCCGAUGCAGAUGACGUCGUCCCCGUCAAGAGGCAGAGCUGCUCGCGCUGUAACGCGGCCUUCGACUGCGAAGAAGAGCUCCAGCAGCACCGGGAAAAAUGCACAUCUCUCUUCGGCUUCGAUUCAGACGAUGAAAAUGCCUCCUGAAGAGUAGUGCUCGAAGACGUGGAGCCCAUUUGACCUGUUGAACGCUGCUGUGGACAUUCAAAAAAAUCUCAACUAAAAGGACCAUUUUAAUAAAAAAAGAAGGUGCGAAAUGGAGCUUGUUUGACCAUCUGGACACCUCCCUGCAUCGGUUUCUUAACUGUGAGGAAUGGGAUAAUAAAUGUCGACUACAGUAGUUCAUCUGCUACGAUGAUCCCAGACUUUAGUGGUUGGAGGUGAUGUUCUGCAUCACUGACACCACUGUGGAUUUGCAGUGUGUGACCGUGUAACAAGCUAGCUACCAUGCAAAUUAUUUUUAAAGACUGCUGCAGUAUUUGAUCUGAUAAUGAAAGCUAUAACCUGGUUUAAUGCCGGAGGUCGAGAGGAUUCUGCCUCAACCUCAACUGCGAUUUGACUUUUGCUUCAAGAAGUGUAAGGCAUAGAUGUAAUUGCAAUGGCAGUGAAAUCUGGGAUAUUUCCAGCACAUUUGGAAAAUAUCUGGUUAUUUGUGAACUUUGUCACGGAUUUUAUUAACGUUUAACGUUUAAUCUCCCAAAUCUGGCCAUCUUGCAUUCCUUGUACUCUAAUGAGCAAACCUGUUGCUCAUCAGUGAUUGAGAUUUAUCUAAGGAUUUGCCUAGUGUGUAUUGAUUGCCCGGAGGACGACUCAAGUCUUGCAAGCUUAAUGAAAGAUGAAAUGGACACAGAGCAGUGGUUGCUGAAAUAUUUUAAAUGAGGUAUAUGUGAAAAACAGACGUAUUAAUCUGUCUUAAAACAGUUUUGAAAAGUGCUGUGGCAGUCACGCAACCUCUUAUGACAUUAAUGUAUAUAUGUUUCUAAAGCUCUUCUCUUUACACUCAACAAAUAAUGAGAAGAAUUCAGUGUCUCACACCCGAGGCGUGUCUGAGCUGUUCUACGCGAGAGCAGUAAUUUACUAAUUUAAUUUAUUCAUAUUCUUUUUUUUUUUUUUCUUUUUGUAUUUUAUGUAAAUGUUUGAAAAGUUUGAACGGUAUAUAAUUGGGAUGGGUUAAUAUAGGGGGUUUAUAUAUCAAGAGUUUUUCUGGCCUACAAAAACAAAAUUAAACACAUGUAUGACAACGGA